GACCUCAAACCCGAUAACGUGUUGAUUGCAAACAAUACUCUCUGGAAUAGACACCGAUUUAUAAAGUUAUGUGACUUCGGUUUGUCUAAAGAAGUGAAAAUAUUAAGUGAUGCAUACAAUCAAAGUAAUGCUAAACACACCGCAGAUGUGGCCCUAUAUAUGGCACCCGAAGCACAGUUUGGCACCGAUUAUAACCACUUAAUAGAUGUCUAUAGUCUGGCACUCAUUGGAGCGAAAAUAUUUGGUUUCGAUUCCGACGAUAUCAGAGACGGAGUGUAUAUUUGAUUUCAAUAUAAAAAUUAAUAAUAAUUUAAAUCUGAAGAAUAAAUUGUCAGAAAUAUACGGAUUAUUGCUAUCAAUGAGUGUUAGUAUAUAUACAGAGAAUUGCGAAGAGAUUAACAAUAUAUGGAAACAAAGGCCUGAAUGUGGAGUAAUUUUAAAC